GAUUGUGAAGAUGUCGACGCGUCGUCAUUCCGUGAUUAUCUUGGUCCUGUGUUGUAUAAACUUGAGUUAUAGCUACAGGAUCAUAGAAAGCAAUGAAGUUCCUAAAACAUGUCCAGCUCUGAAUAAGGAUAUAAUAUUCGAGGAACCACAUUUGAAUAAUAAUCAACGGGAACUUUACGACGUUCGCGAAAUACCACGAAGACAUCACUUCAAUUCGAAUAAAAAAGAAAUCCAAUCUGAAAACUGGCUUUUGCGAAUUAUUAGAAUAAAAACCUCAAACGAUGGACCGAGACAUAAAGUCACAGAAAUAAAAGAAGAUAAACAUAUGGAUGGAUUUGGCAAGAGGCUUUUUAAUAUUCUAAGAAAGACUCUUAGAAUGCAUGAGCCCUACUAUAAACACAAUAAUGAUCAUAAGGAUCUGUUCGUCUUAAAGAAAAAUCCUUUUCCGCAUGAACAUCACAUUGUGAAAAGGGAACAACCUGUGCAAUACAAUUACAUGUGAUACAUUAAGCUUUAUUUGUUUUUAUUAAACAUUUUUUAAAUAAUUCUCUAACAUACGCUGCCUACACCCUUAUCAAAAGUCUCACAUAGUUAUUAAGAUCUAUUACCCAUAAUUAGGCAAACUUUGUAAGAACACAUGUUCCCAGAAAGAUGGCAAUAAAUUAAAUCAUUUUCCACUGUA